CUUCUCGCCACACAGACACUUCUCGCUAUAGAAAUUCUUGAUACUCUGUAUCAGUCUCUGUCCUCCUCUGCCACACAAACACUUCUCGCCAUUGAAAUUAUUAGUAUAACAUAUUCAAUUCUUGGAUAGGAACAAAAAAGAAACGACCAUGAUUCAAACAAGAGCAGGUUUUCGAGGUUUGUUUCAGUCUCUGGGACUUGCUUCUUUUCAAUCAAAGGUUGGAGCUUACUGUAAUUAUGCAUCUCGGGCUGCAUCUUCUCUGCAACAAGCUUGCGAACCAUCAACUUACAGUGACGAUAACUAUGCUGAUCUGGAUUGGGAUAAUCUUGGAUUCCGUCUCCUGCCAACUGAUUUCAUGUACAUGGUGAAAUGUUCCAAGGAUGGCAAGUUUGAAAAAGGACAACUAAGUCGCUACGGAAACAUUGAGCUGAGCCCUUCUGCAGGAGUCUUAAAUUAUGGCCAGGGACUCUUUGAAGGCACAAAAGCAUAUAGAAAGCAAGAUGGUGGCCUUCUUCUAUUUCGUCCCGAUCAAAAUGCCAUCAGAAUGAAGAUUGGUGCUGAUAGAAUGUGCAUGCCUUCUCCUUCCAUCGAUCAAUUCGUCGACGCAGUGAAACAAACUGCCGUUGCCAACAAGCGAUGGGUUCCUCCUCCAGGGAAAGGGUCAUUAUAUAUUAGGCCAUUGCUAAUGGGCAGUGGUCCUGUAUUGGGAUUGGCACCAGCGCCUGAAUACACAUUCCUCGUAUAUGCUUCCCCUGUCGGCAACUACUUCAAGGAGGGCCUGGCACCUUUGAAUUUACAUGUUGAGGAUGAGUACCACCGCGCUUCUCGCGGCGGAGCUGGAGGAGUGAAAACAAUUAGCAAUUAUGCUCCGGUUUUAAAAGCAAUAACCAGAGCAAAGAACAGGGGAUUUUCUGAUGUUCUGUACCUGGACUCUGUGAAUAAGAAGUAUCUAGAGGAAGUCUCUUCUUGCAACAUUUUCAUCGUGAAGGGUAAUGUUAUAUCAACUCCUGCUACAAUGGGUACUAUUCUUCCUGGGAUCACUCGAAAAAGCAUCAUAGAAAUUGCUCAAGAUCUUGGCUAUGAGGUUGAGGAACGUGUAAUUUCGGUGGAUGAAUUGGCAAACGUGGAUGAAGUCUUUUGCACUGGAAGUGCUGUAGUCGUUGCUUCUGUUGGCAGUAUUACAUAUCAAGAUAAAAGAAUCGAAUAUAGAACAGGUGCUCAUUCUGUGUCUCGGAAGCUGCACUCAACUCUUAUUGGAAUUCAGAUGGGUUUGAUUGAGGAUAAGAAAGGCUGGACUGUGGAGAUACAUUGAACUAGUUUAAUGAAACAACACAUGCAUUGUCAAUAAAUACAAAAAAAAUUUCAAUUGAAUAUCGUUGAUGUCAAUUUAUUUUUUACAAUGAUGUGUGAUGUGGCCUAGACAAUAUUCUUUUGACUCUUCACCUGCUUGUAAUCUUACAAAGAAAAGAAGCUGAAAAAAUGAAGACAACGUACAAAGUAUUGAAU